GUUGCCUUUCACGACCCAACCCCACAACAGGCGGUGUCUGUUCGAGCAAAUAUUGAGGCAUGUGAAAGGAAAGCUUCUCCACAACUUAGACGUAUCAUAUCAUGCACUUACUCUCUCUCAUGAGAAAAUGUGUGAGCGGAAACUAUGUCUAGUACACUUCCACAGUCGAACACCAAAAAGUCGUCUAAAAGCAGAAACAAACAUCAAGCAUUUACCUAUGCUGAAGCCUGUCGUUUCAUUCUAGACGUCGAAACCAAGAAUCAUGAAAGUCGACGACGCGAUGCAGCUGCUCUAGUAAAUCGAAGUGAGCGUGACCAUGGUGCUUCCGCAGCAGGAGGAGAUACUCAGGACGUGCGAGCAGCACGCGCUGAGGAUGGCCAAGGAAAUCUUUUGCCAGUAUCCUAUGAAGAACGAAAGUCCCUCAAGACCGAAAAGAAUGUCAAGAAGGAGGAACUACCUCCACAGGAAGAAAACUUCACUGUUGGCGUCUUCGAUAGCGAGAGCGGUAUAUUUUCAUCUCGCGAGACCGGAUUUUGGCGACUUCGCAGUGUACACGCGACCGCGUCCACCUCUGACGCCCUAACGACUGCAUCCGACGAUCCAUUUAGUGGCAAACUCGUGGGUCCUUGCGCCGUGUUUGGUGAGCAUGACCAAGCGAGACGAACUAUCACCGCGCAAAGGAUUCGACAGCUGGCUGAUUACACUGAUGUUGACAUUAGCAAGUGGUCGGCGAUUGAGACGAGCGCAUGCGCAGAGCUGCCACGGAAAAUGAAAAUAGAUGCAAACGAAACUGAAAAUGCAGCCGCUCCUUCGACCCACCAAGAACGAGGCGAAAUAAGGGAAGACGCAGGUGGUCAGGAGCGAAAUGCACAAUCAGGAAAAGAAAGUGCCGUAUCUCCGCGUUUGCUCAUCUUGCAUGCGUCUGUUUUCUCUUGCUCGAGACUGCUUUCGCUUGCCAUUUUGCAAUAUUUUUGCAGAUUGCAUGAACAGCGACAGCCUCCUUCCGACCAGCAUAAUGGCGUCGACAUUGUCGUGCCAGAGCAAGACUUAGAUUUAAGAAAACAUGUGCCCAUGGAUGUCGAUGCGGAAAUCGGCGACCACGCGAGAACACGGCCUGCCACCCACGCAGUCAACGUUUUGUUCUUGUACGGCUCGCUACCGAAUAGGGGGAUGAAGUUUGUGGAUGGCUGGCUUUGCGCCGUCAAAGAAGCGACAGGCAUUUCAGAAGUAGUCUGGCAGCUUGACUGUGAAUUUCAGGCAGUGUCCCUGAGACGGGUUUUCCCGAAUAGCGGCGUCUUGCCUCGAUACUUGGAUAUGAAGAAUCCGCUCAUCGCGUUGGGAAGAGACACGCGGAACGAGGAGCGAAUCCUACUAGUUUUAAGCUUCUUGGUGGGUUCUACUACUAUUUCUGUCUGGAGGACGACAAACAAGAGUUUUUGCAUCGAUUUUUGUUCUUCGGGUCACUGAGGUCUAGCAGCGUGUGAGCUUUCAAUGCUACUAGAAUUGACUCGUCUAAUAUGGACUACGCAUGUAGCUGUUCAUAGAAGCAGUUUUGGAAUGUUUCUCAUUCUCUAAGUUCGGGUGGUGACAGCGAAUUCGGGCGGAAGCAUUUCACUUUGCGGAAUCGCGUUCUUGGCCGGGACUUGUGCGCUCCUCCUGUUCCGCCGACAUGCAGUUCGGAGCUAGUGUUGUUACUAGACCCUCUUUCCGACGGAGGAGCCGUCUUUGACAAUUCUACGAAAGUACAUUUUCCAGGUGGUGCUGAAGGAGAGCUGCGCUCGUUAGGUCGCGACACUUUUGUGUCUGAACGGUCUCAACCACGAGACGAAAAGGAAAAUGGCCGUAAGAGUGACCAAUAUUUGAUUCGGCUUUCGAAGACCACGCCUUCGACUCCAAUCAGUACAACUGCAAAGCAGGAUGAUGCAACUGCUACAACGAGUGCAACAAGGAACUGCGUUUCUUCGACCACGGCUGUACUUUUUGUGACGAAGGGAUCGCGUGUUGAGAGCGAAGUCAUUUUUUCACUUGACGGAGAGCGUCUUACAACAGAACGCAAAGAUCUACUAUCUGGAUCGUAUACGCAUCGCACAUCAUGCACCUAA